ACCGGCUUUAUCAUCUGCAUUGGACUUUAUGUCAGUUAUGACUUAUGAUUACCAUGGAAGUUGGGAGAAUGUUACCGGUUAUGUCAGCCCAUUGUACGCAAAAAAUAACGACAGGUAUCCUCAGUAUAACACAAACUACACAAUGAAUUAUUUGGUAUCAAAAGGAGCUCCACGUGAAAAGCUAUUAGUUUCAAUACCGUUUUACGGUCAUACGUAUACUUUAGUGGACGGCGAAACAACUUCUGAAAAUGAAGCAGCAGAUUCUGGUCCUGGAGAGCCUGGUGAGUACACGAAUCAACCCGGAAUGCUUGCAUACUAUGAAGUUUGCGAUAAAAUUAAGAAUAAACGGUGGACACUCAGAAGAGUAGAAGGAUUAGGACCCUGUGCAUUUUCCAAAACACAGUGGGUAUCGUUUGAAGACCCUCAAUCAGUCAAAGAAAAGGCUCGUUAUAUUCGUUCAAAUGGCUUCGGAGGUGCAGUUGCAUGGACGGUGGAUGUAGACGACUUCAAUAAUAAAUGUUGUCGUGAAAGCUUUCCACUAUUAAAAGCUCUACACAGAGGAUUGGGCUUAAUGGCUGAUGAGGAAGUUACUUCUAACUGCAAUAGACCAGCCGCUCCCUUAACACCAGAACCACCAAAAUCUACAACUGGUUUCGAUACAAGUGCAGAAAGCUCCACCUGGGAUUCUCAUCAUGAUCCCGACAGCCAUACUUCUCAAAAACCAAGUUCAACUAAAAAUCCUCUAACCACGACAGAAAAUGAUUCUCCUUCAAUUUAUGGCGGAGUAAUCAGUAAACCUUUCCAAAAAUGUACCAAUAACGGUGUAUUUUCUAAUAUAAAAGAUUGUGCUCAGUAUUUUGAGUGUCGUGAUGGCGUGGCUUAUCAGAAAUCUUGUUCAAACGAUAUGCUUUUCAAUGUAAAAACUGGAAGUUGCGAUUCUGUCGAUCCGAUAAACUGCAGACCUGGCCAACAGGUUUUUUUUCCAAGUUCGAAACCCUCUGAAGUGGACACUAGACUCAGAGCGUCUGAAUCUGUUAGACCAAAGGUGGUUUGCUAUAUUACAAGUUGGUCUUUCUAUAGAAAAUCGGAUGGAAAAUUUGUUCCCGAAAAUAUCGACCCUAAACUUUGUACUCACGUAGUUUACGCUUUCGCAAUAUUAGAUUCAAAAAAUUUGACCAUCACCGAAUUUGAUUCUAAUGCCGAUUUAGAUAACAAUUUGUAUAGAAGAGUAACGUCUAUUCGGGGAGUCACUUCCCUCCUUGGUAUUGGAGGCUGGAUUGACUCUGCAGGAAAUAAAUAUUCCAGACUCGUUAGAAGGGAAGGUAACAGACAUAAGUUUAUCACUAAUGUGAUCGUAUAUUUAAAAAGGCAUGGUUUUAAUGGAUUACACUUUGAUUGGAAUUAUCCUGUUUGCUGGCAAAGUAACUGCAGAAGAGGUCCUGAUUCGGAUAAAUCAAACUUCGUCAAACUUAUUAAGGAAUUAAAGGACGAGUUUGAUGAGCAAGAUCCUCCUCUAGUUUUGGCUGCGUCAAUAUCAGGUUACAAAGAAGUAAUCGACGACGCUUACGACAUACCGGCUUUAUCAUCUGCAUUGGACUUUAUGUCAGUUAUGACUUAUGAUUACCAUGGAAGUUGGGAGAAUGUUACCGGUUAUGUCAGCCCAUUGUACGCAAAAAAUAACGACAGGUAUCCUCAGUAUAACACAAACUACACAAUGAAUUAUUUGGUAUCAAAAGGAGCUCCACGUGAAAAGCUCUUAGUUUCAAUACCGUUUUACGGUCAUACGUAUACUUUAGUGGACGGCGAAACAACUUCUGAAAAUGAAGCAGCAGAUUCUGGUCCUGGAGAGCCUGGUGAGUACACGAAUCAACCCGGAAUGCUUGCAUACUAUGAAGUUUGCGAUAAAAUUAAGAAUAAACGGUGGACACUCAGAAGAGUAGAAGGAUUAGGACCCUGUGCAUUUUCCAAGAAGCAGUGGGUAUCGUUUGAAGACCCUCAAUCAGUCAAAGAAAAGGCUCGUUAUAUUCGUUCACAUGGCUUCGGAGGUGCAGUUGCAUGGACGGUGGAUGUAGACGACUUCAAUAAUAAAUGUUGUCGUGAAAGCUUUCCACUAUUAAAAGCUCUACACAGAGGAUUGGGCUUAAUGGCUGAUGAGGAAGUUACUUCUAACUGCAAUAGACCAGCCGCUCCCUUAACACCAGAACCGCCAAAAUCUACAACUGGUUUCGAUACAAGUGCAGAAAGCUCCACCUGGGAUUCUCAUCAUGAUCACGACAGCCAUACUUCUCAAAAACCAAGUACAACUAAAAAUCCUCUGACCACGACGAAGCAAUCAACAAAUGUUUGGUGGGAAUUAUCCACAGACGAAUCAACAUCCACGGAAUGGUGGAAGCCAUCAACGUCUAAAAAAACCACCACAACAUCAAAAACUACAACGCCAUGGCGAGUUCCGUCCAGUUCUCGCCCCACUAAAACUACUACUAAAAAACCAAACCAAACAAAACCAACUCCCGCUGCAGGCGACCACAAGCCAGAAAAGUGUUAUACAAAUCAAUAUAAAUCAGAUCCUUACAAUUGCAACGCAUACUAUAGAUGUAUACAAGGAGAAUUUAGUCAACUGUUUUGUGCUGGAGGAUUACAUUGGAAUAACAACAAGAAAGUUUGUGAUUGGCCUGCUGCUGCUAAAUGCAAAGAAAUAUCAGCUCAAGCCCCAUCUGUCAGUACCACAACACAAAGAACAACAAGUAAAAUGCCCACAACAAGUUGGUGGGAACCGUCAACUCAAUCGACGAAGCCUCCUAAAAAAUGCGAAACAGGACAAUAUUAUCCCCAUGAACACUGUGACAGUUUUUACGUUUGCGUUAACGGACUCCUUCUUACUCAGAAAUGCGGUCCUGGUCUUUAUUGGAACGCUGCAGAUUCUAGAUGUGAUUGGCGAUUUAGAGCAAAAUGUAUUGAAGGAGCUGCUUCCGAGGCAUUAGAUAGAUACACAAAAGUUCCUGCAGGUAGUGCAACUAAUAUACAGUCCAGCUGCUCAUCCGGUUCAUACUCUGCGUUGAAAGGUAGUUGCGAAAAAUAUCUUUACUGUUUAUGGGGCAAGUACGAAUUAUUUGCGUGUUCCUCUGGUCUUCACUGGAACAAAGAGAAGAAUGUUUGCGAUUGGCCCCAAAACGCUAAAUGUAGUGAAUCGUCAGAGAACCCUGAUAUUGACAACAUUAACGAGGUGAACCACGAGCAUCCUACUAGUCGACCGACAGUUAAACCGAGUACUAGCAAACCAAAACCUAAGCCUACUACUAGCACUUCAACUACUACCCGUAAACCGUGGGAAUGGAAGCCGGAAUCUACAACUGCUAAUCAGUGGGACUGGAAACCAACAAAACCCACAUUCACAACUACCACUGCAGAACCUCCCGCGGUACCUUAUGAACCACUGUCGGGUUAUUUCAAAAUAGUAUGCUACUUUACUAAUUGGGCUUGGUACAGACAAGGUGUAGGUAAAUAUGUUCCUGAAAAUAUAAAUCCUGACCUGUGCACUCACAUUGUUUACGGAUUUGCCGUUUUGGAUACGGAACGACUCGUUAUCAAAGCACACGACUCAUGGGCGGAUUUUGAUAAUUAUUUUUACGAAAGGGUCGUUGAAUUCAAAAAAGCUGGUAAAAAAGUAACUUUGGCAAUCGGAGGAUGGAAUGAUUCGUUGGGCGAUAAAUAUUCUCGUUUGGUUAAUAAUCCAUCUGCAAGGGCUAGAUUUAUUCAACAUGUAAUUGAAUUUUUGGAAAAACACAACUUUGAUGGACUUGAUUUGGACUGGGAAUAUCCUAAGUGUUGGCAAGUUGAUUGUAAAAAAGGACCGGAUUCCGACAAACCUGCCUUCGCGGCUUUCGUAAAGGAACUGAAGGAAGCAUUCAAGCCUAAAAGUUUACUGUUAUCUGCAGCCGUGUCCCCCAGUAAAACAGUCAUAGACGCGGGUUAUGAUGUUGCCACUGUGGCCAAAUAUCUUGACUGGAUUGCCGUAAUGACAUACGAUUUCCAUGGACAAUGGGACAAACAGACUGGUCAUGUUGCUCCAUUGUAUGUUCAUCCAGAAGACGAAAAUGUUUUCUUCAAUGCUAACUUCUCUAUCAACUACUGGAUUUCUCAAGGUGCUCCACGUCGAAAAAUAAUUAUGGGGAUGCCACUGUAUGGUCAGUCGUUCCAAUUAGAAAAAGCAGAUAAUCACGGACUUAAUGCUAAAGCUCCAGGACCCGGGCAAGCAGGAGAAUUUACACGAGCUGCGGGCUUUUUGGCCUACUACGAAAUUUGCAAUAAAAUCAAAAAGGAGGGUUGGACCGUUGUCCAAGACCCAAAAAGGAGAAUGGGACCUUAUGCUUAUAAAGGAAAUCAAUGGGUAUCUUACGACGAUCAAGAACAGAUUCGAAUAAAAUCAGAGUACAUUAGAAAAAUGGAUCUUGGUGGUGGAAUGAUUUGGGCAUUGGAUUUGGAUGAUUUCAAUAACAGAUGUGGAGAAGGCAAGCAUCCAUUGUUAUCAAUUAUAAGGAGAGUUUUAGCAAAACCUGGUAGUGGUGCUGUUGAAGUACCCCAAUAUGUGAAACCUGAACUUCCUGAUUCGGACAAAGAAACUACUGAACUUACUCAAGAAAUUCCAAAACGUCCUGGAGUACCGGAUGUAUCCCUCUCAACUUCAACUCCAUCUUUAACAGAACCAAAUUCUGAAUACAAAGUAAUAUGUUACUUUACUAACUGGGCGUGGUAUCGUCCAGGAGUGGGCAGAUAUCUUCCAGGAAAUGUUGAUCCUAACCUUUGUACUCAUUUAGUUUAUGGAUUUGCGAUUUUGGAUGAGCAGCAAAUGACAAUUAAAAUUCACGACACUUGGACAGAUAUAGAAAAUGAUUUCUACGGAAAAAUAACGAAGUAUAGGAAGAAUGGUAUUAAAGUUCUUAUAGCUAUUGGAGGUUGGAACGAUUCAGAAGGUGAUAAAUAUUCACGAUUAGUAAACGAUCCAGAAGCAAGAAAGAAGUUUAUUGAAAAUGUGGUUCAAUUCAUUGAAGAACACAAUUUCGACGGUUUAGAUUUAGAUUGGGAAUAUCCAAAAUGUUGGCAAGGUGACUGUAGAUUGGGACCAGCGUCCGACAAGCCAGCGUUUGCAGAAUUUGUCAGAGAACUAAAAGAAGCCUUUUCACCUAAAAAUUUCUUACUAUCGUCCGCAGUAUCUCCAAGUAGUCAAAUCAUCGAUGUAGCAUACGAUGUACCUGAAUUGUCAAAGUAUUUAGACUGGAUUGGCAUAAUGAACUAUGAUUAUCACGGACAGUGGGAUAAAGUUACAGGCCACGUAUCGCCUAUGUACGUCUCAGAAGACGAUGCAGAUAUUACAUUUAAUACGAACUAUAGUGUGAACUACUGGAUAGAACAAGGAGCCGACAGAAGAAAACUUAUUUUGGGAAUGCCAACGUAUGGGCAAUCCUUCACUCUUUCUGAUCCUUCUCAAAACAGUUUGAAUGCUCCUUCUGCUGGUGGAGGUGAAGCAGGUGAACAUACAAGAGCGAUGGGAUUCCUGGCCUAUUACGAAAUUUGUAACAAUAUACUCAAAAGAGGCUGGAAUGUGGUAAGAGAUCCUGAAGGUAGAAUGGGACCAUACGCUUAUUCAGGAAAUCAGUGGGUAUCAUUUGAUGACACAAACAUGAUUCGUCAUAAGGCAGAAUAUAUUAAAAGGAUGGGACUUGGUGGUGGAAUGAUUUGGGCUCUUGAUUUAGACGAUUUUAGUAACUAUUGCGGUUGUGAGAAAUACCCACUUCUAAGAACUAUUAAUAGAGUUUUACGAAAUUAUCCAAUACCGCCACCAAAAUGCAAUUUAGAAUCAAAUGUCGUUACAACUGGCGAUGAAUCCACUCCGUCGCCUACUGAUUCAGAUAACGGUGGAAGUGAUGAGGAACUCGUUUGCGAUGGAAGUCAAAUAUUUAUGUCUCACUCUACUAAUUGCAAUCAAUAUUACUUGUGUAAUCAAGGAAUGUAUGAAUUACAAACGUGCCCUUCGGGUCUUUAUUGGAACGUAAAGAACUGUGACUGGCCUGAAAACACACCUUGUUCGUCAACAAAUUCAGUAAACGGAGCAAAGUUAUAUCGACGCAAAGGAUCUGAAAAUUUUGUUGAAGGACAGAUAGACGUAUCAAACGAUGGAUACAAAGUUGUAUGUUAUUUCGCGAACUGGGCUUGGUACAGACAACAUCCAGGUAAAUACACUCCAGAAGAUAUUGAUGCUUCUUUAUGCACCCAUAUUAUUUAUGGAUUCGCAGUUUUGGAUUCUGAAUCUCUAACAAUUAAACCUUAUGAUAACUGGACUGAUAUCGAUAAUGAUUUAUUUAGAAAGGUAGCAGCAUUAAGGACAAAGGGAGUUAAAGUAUCAAUUGCACUGGGUAGUUGGAAUGAUUCUCUUGGAGAUAAAUACUCUCGGCUAGUGAGCAAUGCACAAUAUAGAACACGGUUCGUCGAAAAUGUCAUUCAGUUUAUUGAAAAAUGGAACUUUAAUGGUUUGGAUCUUCACUGGAUGUAUCCAAAAUGUUGGCAGAUGGACUGUGAGAAAGGCCCUGAUACAGACAAAAUUGGCUUUGGUGAACUGAUUGAAGAAUUAAGUUUAGAGUUUAAACCAAGAGGAUUAUUACUCUCAGCUGCAGUGUCCCCAAACAAAACGGUUAUUGAUGCUGCAUAUGACGUACCAAAGCUUGAUAUGUAUCUAGACUGGAUGACUGUUAGGGAUUACGAUAUUUUUGGAUCUUGGGACAGCCAAUCUGGUCCUUUGGGUCGGCUCUAUCGUUAUUCAAGAGAUCAGGAUAAUAACUACAAUUCGAACUUUUCACUUAAUUACUGGAUACAAAAAGGAGCAUCCCCAAAUAAACUAAUCAUGGAUAUUCCGUUUUAUGGAUACUCUUUCACUUUAGCAAAUUCCAGAAAUAAUGUUCUCAAUGUAACAAGUGUUAGUCCAGGAACAGCAGGUCAAUUCACAAAAGCUGAAGGAUUUUUAGCAUUCUACGAGAUAUGUGACAUGAUAAACAACGAAAAAGAUUGGAAGGUAAUUCAUGAUCCUGCAGGACGAAUUGGAUCAAAUGCAACAAAAGAAUAUCAGUGGAUGUCAUAUGAUGAUAUUUCAGACAUAAAACGAAUAUCUGAAUAUUUAAAAGACAUGGGUCUUGGAGGUGCCAUGGUCUGGUCACUAGACUUAGACGAUUUUAGAAAUAGAUGUGGGUGUGGGGAUUAUCCACUUCUUAAAACUGUGAACUACGUUUUAAGAGGAUUCCCAUUAACAACCACCCACGAAAAUUGUACAUAGAUAAUAUAAUUAAUUACUGUUAAAUGAUUAUUUUAAAAAUAACCUACAUUAGAAAGAUAUUUCGUAGGAAAUUUAACGUUGUAAAAAUAAAAUAGUUAAGGGCUUUUCCACGGAGAAAAUAAAUAAAGUUAUAAA